CACUCGAUUCAUCACAUUUGCCUUUGCACAUGUCAAAAAUCGAUGUGCGGUGCAUUUGUUGAUUACUAGCAGCCAGUCAUGUCCGAGCAGGUCAGCUACGAGGAGGAGUGCCAGCGAGCAGAGCUGCUGGGUCUGCAGCCGCCGGACAAGGCUGAAUUUGAGCGCAAACGCAGCGCACGGCUCGAACAGCAGCUGGCCGAGCAGGAGGCUGCCGAGGCAGUCAUGCUCGAGCAGCAGGGCGAGUCGCUGCGCGGCGCCGGCGGCAAGCUGGACGAGCUGAACAGCAUCCUGUCCAGCACGCAGCAGCGUCUGAAUCGCUUCAAGCAAACGGCCUGCGGCAGUCUGACAAACAUAUUUACGCGUGGCGGUAGUCUGAGCGGCGCCAGUGGCGCUAGUGCUUCCAUGGAUGUGCCCGGCUACAGCAUGGAGCAGUCAGCCGAGCCGCCGCAGCCGCCCGUGCAAAGGCAGCCCCAGCCCAUGGCACCGCCCACAGCAGCAGAGGUGGCCGCUGCCAAGGCGGCCAAGCGCGCCAUGAUGGACAGCCAGCUGGACAAGCUGGACUCGCUGAUCAACAAGGCCGACAACGCGGAGCUGGCCAUGAGCGAGCAGACGAAGCAGAUGCGACGCAUCGCCAAGUGAAGGAAGAGCAAGAAAUUUGUUGUUUUUGUUGCCUUUUGGGUUCGGGUAACUUAAAAGAAAAGCAUUCGGUUUUAUUUAAUAUACAUAUAAGUGUGAGUACAUAUAUAUAUACAUACAUACAUACAUAUAUGCUAUAUAUAUCUGAACACAUUAGUUGCCCUAAAUCACAAAACAAUUUAACAUAAAGUCGAGAUUUUCAAUCACAAAUGUGCAAAGUUUGUCUUCGCCCUUGAUGCAUAUAUACACAUAAAACUAUAUGGUUUAUAU